CGGUAGUUGAUCCAUUUGAUAAAGUCUGAUUUGGAAGAAAGCUCCUCUAUCAGCCGCCCUUUUCUUCUAAGAAACCCCAAAUGAGAAGUUGUUGCUCGGAUUCUUGAUAGGAUUUUGUUGGAUGCGAACCGAAUUUUCACUCUUUUGGGAUUGGUACGUACGUAUAGAUACAGAUUUUGAAGUUUGUUUUCCGUGAUGGCGUUGUUUCGGAAGUUGUUCUACCGGAAGCCACCUGAUGGACUUCUCGAGAUCUGCGAGCGGGUUUAUGUCUUUGAUUGUUGUUUCACCACUGAUGCUUUCGCUGAUUACAAAGGCUAUGUGGGAGGUAUAAUAGCUCAACUUAGGGAACAUUAUCCAGACGCCUCAAUCUUGGCUUUCAAUUUCCGGGAGGGGCAGACACAGAGCCAGAUAGCAAAUGCUUUGACAGAAUAUGAUAUGACCAUCAUGGAGUACCCUCGUCAAUAUGAAGGUUGCCCAUUGCUCCCAAUGGAGGUGAUUCACCAUUUUCUAAGAUCUAGUGAAAGCUGGCUUUCACUUGGGCUGCAAAAUCUGCUUCUUAUGCACUGUGAACGUGGUGGUUGGCCAGUUUUGGCUUUCAUGUUGGCUGCAUUGCUAAUAUACAGGAAGCACUACAGUGGGGAGCAUAAGACCUUGGAUAUGGUAUACAAGCAAGCUCCUCGUGAGCUUUUGCACUUGCUGACUCCUCUGAAUCCCGUUCCUUCUCAGUUAAGGUACUUGCAGUAUGUAUCAAGGAGGAAUGUUGCCACAGAAUGGCCUCCACUAGACAGGGCACUCACCAUGGAUUGCGUCAUUAUUAGAAUGAUUCCGAAUUUUGAUGGAGAUGGUGGUUGCCGACCGCUAUUUCGUAUCUAUGGGCAAGAUCCUUUCCAAAAUUCUGACCGUGCACCGAAGAUUCUGUUUUCAACUCCAAAGAAGAGUAGAACUGUUCGACACUACAAGCAGGCAGAAUGUGAAUUAGUUAAAAUUGAUAUAAAUUGCCGCAUCCAAGGUGAUGUUGUACUGGAGUGUAUCAGCUUGCAUGGUGAUACAGCGCGGGAAGAGAUGAUGUUUCGUGUCAUGUUUAACACAGCCUUUAUUCGGUCAAAUAUUUUAAUGCUCAAUCGGGAUGAUAUUGACAUAUUGUGGGAUGCAAAGGACCUAUUUCCAAAGGACUUCAGGGCAGAGGUUCUUUUUUCAGAGAUCGAUACUGCUUCCUCUGUAGUUCCUGUGGACCGUUCCUGCUUCGAAGAGAAAGAUGGCCUUCCAGAGGAGGCUUUUGCUAAAGUUCAGGAAAUGUUCAAUAGUGUGGAUUGGUUAGUUCCGAAGGGAGAUGCUGCAGUUGAAGCUCUCCAAAAUCUGGCUCUAUCAAAUAUAGUAAUUGAUACUCAUUCUUAUGAUGAGAAGUCUCAGGUGAAUCAGAUCCUUGCAGCACUAGAAGUUAAAACUACUCCUAAGAGCCCAACAGAUUUAAAUUCAGAGAACCAAUCAAAUUUUUCAUCAGAGUUGUCCCCAAAUGCAGAUGUGCGUAGAAAGCUGGCUGAGCCCCAUCAUGAACCAAGUGAAAUUGGGGCAAUCAUAUCCCAAAAGCAAACACUUAUUCCUCCUGGAGAUCAUUCUCCACCUCAUCAAAUUUCACAUUUGAGAACUCCUCAUAUGUCAUCCAAACAGAAUUCUCACUCCAAUACCGGACAAGCUCAAGAUGUUUUACCUCUAAGUGAAGCUGACAUGCCAUAUCCUAAAAUCUCUCCUUCAACUCCUCCUUUGAAGGAUAACACUACUGUUAGGCCUGAUAUAUCUUCUCCUUCUGCAGAGAGUCCUAGGAGCCAUAAUAAAGUCAUUUGUGGUGCACCUCCUAAGUCUGAACCUCCUACUUCAACAUCUAUUUCAGCUGAAGAUGUGUUUGAAGUCAGUAGACUGGAAACUUCUCCACCUCCACUGUCUCCUCCAACUCAUUCUUCCUUAGUAGUCAAUGUGGGGAAGUCUUCUAGGUUUGAAGCUCCGCCUGCCCCAACAACUCCAUCACCAGCUCAAAAUGCUAUUCAAGCUACUGAAGGUGGAUCACCUCCUCCUCAUCUUUCUUCUCCUAAAAUAGAUAAACAUACACUUCAGAGACCUCAUUCUCCGCCAGACCUAGCUGCUACUCCUUCUAUUGAAGAAUCAGCUUCUACAUGUGUUUCAACUCCAACUGCAUCUCUUUCUCUGCCCACAUCUUCUUUAAAGGAAAGUUCCACUUCUGGAAUUGGGCUUCCACCUCCACCUCCACCUCCACCUCCACCAUCCCCACAUUUGACAGAUAGUUCAAUAACAGUACCUUAUCCACAUCCUCAUCUCGUACCUGUAGAUGAUAGUUCAUCUAUUAGAGGCGCGCCCUCUUUUCCAGCACCUCCCCCAUCAAGCCCUCCUGUAUCCCCUUUGAAGGGGCAGUCCGCUUCCGCAGUUGUUCCUUCACCUCCCUUAACCCCGAAAACUGCCCCAUGUCCAUCUUCACCUCCUUCGGAGCCUCUUAAGGAGAGGCCUGGUGCAGAAGGGGCCCCACCUCCACCACCUCCACCACCUCCUCCAUAUUUUGGGCAGGGUGUCCCUCAUUUAACCUCACCGUUGGAGGAUAAAUCUAUCACCGGCCAUGCUCCGCCUCCACCUCCGCCUCCACCUCUUAAGGAGAGAUCUAGUGUGGGAGUAGGGCCACCUCCACCACCUCCUCCACCUCUUGGGCAGGGUGCUCUUCCCUCAACACCAUUGCCUGGGAAUGGUUCUGUCAUCAGACCCGUUCCAUGCCCACCUCGACCUCCACCUCCACCUCCUCCAGAGUCUCCUAACGAGAGUUCUAGGCAGGGAGCCCGCCCUCUUCCUCCACCUCCACCUCCACCUCCACCUCCUCCGUAUUUUGGGCAGGAUGGGCCUCCCGUGACCCCAUCUUCGAGGGAUAGUUCUAUCACCAGACCUGCGCCACCUCCACCUCCACCUCCACCUCCGCCGCAAAUAUCCAACUUUUCUGGUGGAGGAGGGCCCCCUAUUCCUCCACCUCCGCCCGUGACCCCAUCUUCAAGGGAUAGUUCUAUCACCAGACCUGCGCCACCUCCACCUCCACCUCCGCCGCAAAUAUCCAACUUUUCUGGUGGAGGAGGGCCCCCUAUUCCUCCACCUCCUCCGCAUCCUGGGCAUGGGGCAGGACCCACAAAUGCCCCACCAAUCCCGCCUCCUGCGCCUUCAGUGCCGCCUCCUCCAUUCAGUUCCAGUAAAGAACCUUCCAGUUUGUCAAAUUCUAGUUCAACUCCACCACCUUCGGCCCCUCCACCUGGAACAAAAGGCAAAAGUUUAUUGUCUCGUAGUGCAUCUUCAAGGAAUAGCCAAGCAAAGAAAUUGAAGCCGCUACAUUGGUUGAAAUUGUCGAGAGCAGUUUCAGGAAGCUUGUGGGCAGAGACACAAAAAUCUGGUGAAGCUUCUAAGGCGCCGGAGAUUGAUAUUUCAGAACUUGAAUCUCUAUUCUCAGCUGCAGCUCCAAAUCAAGAAGGGGGUUCAGGCAGAAAAACUGGUUCACGAGCCUCAAUGGCGAAUAAACCUGAAAAAGUGCAACUGGUGAUUAUUCUGAUUGAACACAGGCGUGCAUACAAUUGUGAGAUCAUGCUCUCAAAAGUGAAAAUACCCUUGCAUGAAAUGCUAAGUUCAGUACUUGCUUUGGAAGACUCUGCAUUAGACGUUGAUCAGGUUGAUAACCUCAUCAAGUUUUGUCCAACAAAAGAGGAGAUGGAAACACUUAAGGGUUACAAAGGAGAGAAAGAUAAAUUAGGAAAAUGUGAACAGUUUUUUCUGGAGUUGAUGCAAGUACCACGGAUAGAAUAUAAGUUGAGAGUUUUUUCAUUUAAGAUUCAGUUUAACUCCCAGGUUUCUGACCUCAGGAAGAGUUUGAAUAUUGUAAAUUCUGCUGCAGAUCAGAUCAGGGGUUCUGCUAAGUUGAAAAGAGUCAUGCAAACAAUUCUUUCUUUGGGUAAUGCUUUGAACCAGGGAACUGCCAGAGGUGCUGCUAUUGGAUUCAGGUUGGAUAGCCUCCUCAAACUUACUGAAACUCGUGCCCGGAACAAUAAGAUGACACUGAUGCAUUAUCUCUGCAAGGUGCUUUCUGAUAAAUUACCAGAGCUUCUUGAUUUUUGGGAAGAUCUUUUGAGCUUGGAACCUGCAUCAAAGAUACAACUGAAAUUUUUGGCUGAGGAAAUGCAAGCUAUUAACAAAGGACUGGAAAAAGUUGUACAGGAGUUGUCAAUGUCUGAAAGUGAUGGAGCUAUAUCUGACCAGUUCCGCAAGGCUUUGAAGGAGUUCCUUUGUUUGGCUGAAGGCGAAGUAAGGUCCUUAGCUUCUCUUUAUGCUGGAGUGGGUCGAAAUGUAGAUUCAUUGAUCCUUUAUUUUGGGGAAGACCCAUCACGUUGCCCGUUUGAGCAAGUGGUUUCAACUUUGCUGAACUUUGUGAGAAUGUUCAAGAGAGCCCAUGAGGAAAACUGCAAGCAGCUGGAGUUGGAGAAAAAGAAGGCAGAAAAGGAAGCUUCAGAAAAGAUGAAGAUAAACGCUACAGAUACUGGACACUUGUUACAACAUGAAGUCAGGAGUGUCAAAUAACUAGAUGUCAAACUUCAACUUCAGAUCAUAAAUCAGUAGAAUUACAUGACGAGACAUGUAGAGGAAACCGCAUGCCUCUCAGGAGAAUCUGGGGGACAGCCAGUUUUGUUCACUGUAAACUUGUAUAUAUUUCUUUCGUAGGAAAAGAAUGGAAUUGUAAGGUAUCUUUCCUUGCCUCGUCUUUUAAGAUUUGUUUGUUUGAGCUUCUCAUUACCUUGUACAGUGAGCUGUUAGAGCUAUAAAUAGUUUUUGCUAAUCUACUGAACAAAUCAAUCACUACUUUAGCCAAGACUCCUGGUACUUUGAAGUACAAAUUUGAUCUAGUAGCAGUUAUGCACAUUGUUUA